AUGCGGCUCUCCACCGCCAGAGCUCGUCUACGCGCUGGUGCUGAGGUCACCAAAGCGGAUAUCGACGAGGCAAUGCGUCUCAUGGAGGCCAGUCGUGCCUCGGUGCACAAUCCGCUCGGAGGUCCUCGUGACCGUAAUCGCACCGAUUUCUACAUCUUCGACGGCUGUUUUUCAGGCCCCAUCACACCCUUCGGUUUUCUUUGUUUUAGCCCCGCCUCAUACAAGGACAACAUCUACCAGGUUAUACGUGACCUUUUAACCACUGGCGGUGGAUCGACUCGUCUGGCAGAUAUCAUGGAACGCUGUGCUACCAAAGGCUUUACACCGGCCCAAGUCAAUGAGGUGGUUGAUGCCUAUGAAAACCUUAAUGUUUGGCAAGUGAAUAUGGGCAGGACUCGGCUCACGGCGGUCGCAUAA